AUGGACAUUCGGAGAGUCCUAUCAACCCCGAAGGGCGAGCUGGACUUCAUUUAUCCCAAGGGCAUCCCAAGGGACCAGCAUGACUGCAGGUAUGGAACAUUACGAAGUGACCUCGGACACAGAGGAUUACGACACUGGUGGAGCUUUGCAGAGAAACCUGCUUAUAUACAGAAACUUCUGAGCCUACCGACAGGACUUCCAGCAGACUGGCUGCCUCGUCUCCACCCGUGGGAUCGUUACGCUGCUAGUGAGCUCAGCAUAGCGGAUUACUAUAAGAAAACCAUGAUUCAUCGCGUGAAUAUAGGGCUUGAGACGGUGUCCCCCGGCUUGCACAUCGUUGGCACGCCCAGAUACUUUCCAAGCUACGGGACAUACGACAAUAGGAUCGAGGGAGAUACGGAAAGGCUCGUUGGGCCAGACCUUGUGGUACUCGACACGGAUAUGCUCGACAAAGAUUUUCACCCCCCAAAUCUCCAAAACCUUGGUGGGAGCAUUGUGACAAUUGGGGAGUUCAAGCAAAAGGAUGUUGAAUUCACGGAUGAGGAAUCUGUCCUUCCUGGGACUCUAAGCUGUUACGAGUCGUGGCUGGCGCAACCAGUACAGUGCUGCCUUGACCUCAGAAUUUCUCUAGGAUUCCUGCUCACCAACAUCGAAUUGGUAAUUUUUCACUUGGUAAAAUUACCCAGCUCUGGCUCCCAGAUGAACAGCAUGACUCUCCGCUCGAAAAAUAUGUCUGGGUUUGACGCUCUGCGGUCAGAUGCUACCCAAGAGGCUGUAUUUUCGUCACCGGUUGUUCGCAAAAGAAAUGAUUGGGUCAGCUUUCAUGAAGGGGACAGCGAUAUUCCAGAUGUGAGCAACCAAGACUUGAUGGAAAAACUACCAGUGACGCCUGUCAGACACUCUCAAACCAAGCUGGAAACGCCGCGAACUCCCCAUCGACCUUCAUCGUCACCCUUGGCUCGUAGGAAGCGUGCCAGAACAAAUAUAUUGGAAGUCCCUGAUAAUUCACAAGAAAGCGUGGAACCCCCGUCAACGCCGACCCCGGACCCUCGCGUAGAGCAAGAGCCUGAUGGCAAUAGUCAUUUGCCAUCCUCCGUGCAAUGUGGGACUGCGAGUCCGUCAGAGUUUGAAGUCGAUCACCGUGGUGAGGAUCCAGGUUACAUACUUAUUCGAUCGUAUCAAACUACAAAUAAUGACGAAGUUGCGGAACGUCUAUUCGAGCACAUUAUGCUUGCCAAGAGGGCUAAGGACCUGGGCCUUUUAGAGAUGGCGCAUUUCAAGCUUUCGCAUUCGGCAUUGGAUGAAUUUGAGCCCAGUUGA